GCGAAGAGAAGGACUGGAGAAGAAAUGCUGAGCUGAUGUUGAAGCUGAAGAGAAGUCGCUUCAUCUGCGAGAUCUAUGGCAUUUUUGAGGAUAAGACGUCCUACUACGUGAGCAUGGAGAAAGUCACAGGACAAGACCUCUAUGAGGUGCUUACUGGGAAAGAACGUUUGUGUGAAGAUGAUCAGAAGGAAGUCAUCCGACAGAUCCUCUGUGGCAUUCGGGACCUUCACUCCUCUUGCAUCCACAGGGACAUCAAGCUGGAGAACAUCAUGUUGGCGCGGGUGCGCAGGGGCGACAUUUUUAUCAAAAUUAUCGACUUCGACACCAUUCAGCCGCUUUCGAAAGCUGGACACAUUGUGAAAGAUCGAAAGGUCACAAUCGUCGGCACCGAUCAGUACAUUGCUCCAGAAGCUUAUGAAG